UCCCACCCCUGUCACUGCAGAGAGCUGUGGCACCAUGCACGGGGGCCAGAGGCCGCUGCUCCUUCUGUCACUGUUGGCUGUCUAUCUGGGAGCCCAGGGCCAGAGCCAGGAGGAACGUCUGCUCAGAGACCUGAUGCACAGCUACGUCCCCCACCUGCGGCCUGCCAAGCAUGAUUCAGACGUGGUCAACGUCAGCCUGAAGCUCACGCUCACCAACCUCAUCUCCCUGAAUGAGCGAGAGGAGGCCCUCACCACCAACGUCUGGAUAGAAAUGCAGUGGUGUGACUACCGCCUGCGCUGGGACCCACGUGACUACGACGGCCUGUGGGUGCUGCGGGUGCCGUCCACCAUGGUGUGGCGGCCGGACGUCGUGCUGGAGAACAACGUGGACGGCGUAUUCGAGGUGGCCCUCUACUGCAACGUGCUCGUGUCUCCCGACGGCUGCGUGUACUGGCUGCCGCCCGCCAUCUUCCGCUCCUCUUGCCCCGUCUCUGUCACCUACUUCCCCUUCGACUGGCAGAACUGCUCCCUCAUCUUCCAGUCCCAGACCUACGGCACCAACGAGAUCAAUCUGCAGCUGAGCCAGGAAGAUGGUCAGACCAUCGAGUGGAUUUUCAUAGACCCCGAGGCCUUCACAGAAAAUGGAGAGUGGGCCAUCCGGCACCGGCCAGCCAAGAUGCUGCUGGAUGAGGCGGCACCAGCUGAGGAGGCCGGCCACCAGAAGGUCGUCUUCUACCUGCUCAUCCAGCGCAAGCCCCUCUUCUACGUCAUCAACAUCAUUGCGCCCUGUGUACUCAUCUCCUCUGUGGCCAUCCUCAUCUACUUCCUUCCUGCCAAGGCGGGUGGUCAGAAGUGUACCGUCGCCAUCAACGUGCUCCUGGCCCAGACUGUCUUCCUCUUCCUUGUGGCCAAGAAGGUGCCCGAGACCUCCCAGGCGGUGCCACUCAUCAGCAAGUACCUGACCUUCCUCCUGGUGGUGACCAUCCUGAUUGUUGUGAAUGCUGUGGUCGUGCUCAACGUGUCUCUGCGGUCCCCACACACACACUCCAUGGCUCGAGGGGUCCGCAAGGUGUUCCUGCGGCUCCUGCCCCAGCUGUUGCGGAUGCACGUUCGCCCGCUGGCCCCAGCGGCUGUGCAGGACGCCCGGCCCCGGCUACGGAAUGGCUCCUCCAUGCGGUGGUCAAUCACAGCCGGGGAGGAGGUGGCCCUCCGCCUGCCCCGCAGUGAACUCCUCUUCCGGCAGCACCAGAGCAAUGGGCUAGUAAGGGCAGCACUGGAGAAGCUAGAGAAAGGCCCAGAGUCAGGGCAGAGCCAGGAGUGGUGUGGCAGCCUGAGGCAGGCCGCCCCAGCCAUCCAGGCCUGCGUGGAAGCCUGCAACCUCAUUGCCUGCGCCCGGUACCAGCAGAGGCACUUUGACAGUGGGAACAAGGAGUGGUUCCUGGUGGGCCGAGUGCUGGACCGCGUCUGCUUCCUGGUCAUGCUCUCGCUCUUUGUCUGUGGCACUGCUGGAAUCUUCCUCAUGGCCCACUACAACAGGAUGCCUGCCCUGCCUUUCCCUGGAGACCCCCGCUCCUACCUGCCCUCGUCCGACUGAGCCAACCAAUUGCUGCUAGCCAUGUGGAGUCUCAUUGGCUGUGUUCUGCUGCUGAGGUCAUGAGUAUGCUCUUUGGGAAGCACCCUUCGGGGCCAUGUGAGCCAACCGUUCCUGAGAAAAGCUGGAGAAAUAAAAAGACAGAGCUGG